UGGCAAAUUACUGGCUAUUAUUGUGUCAACACUAACGUAAGGUGAAACCGUGAAAGUAACAAACGAAAGCAUAAAUCCAACUACAUUACUGUCACUGUUCUAAAGAUCCCAAACAUAUAUCAUAGUCUGUGCCUCAUCGUCUUGUUGUUGAUUCAGACAACUUGGUACUCGAAGAUUCAAACGUAUAUUUUGUUGUACUAGUUGUCAUGUGAAAAGAGAGACAGAAUAUGCAGGCCUACUCUCUGUUUUCACUUAAAGUUUCUCCUUUUUCCCUUCAUUCAAACCCAACAUACUCUUCUUUACUGCCCUUUAAACCUACUGCUAAAUUUAACUCAUGGGGAAAAACGGUUCUUGGUUCUAAUGUUGUUAAUGCUUCUGAUUAUGCCCCCAAUAAGCCUUUGCUUCUUUUCAAGGUACAUGCAAGUGCUGAUGAAACUGAUCAACCAAAUUGGUGGGAAAAGAACGCUCCAAAUAUGGUUGACAUCCAUUCAACUCAAGAAUUUUUAGAUGCUUUAAGUCAAGCUGGAGAUAAAUUAGUGAUUGUUGAAUUUUAUGGCACAUGGUGUGCUUCUUGUCGUGCAUUGUUCCCCAAGAUCUGCAUGAUUGCUGAAAAACACCCAGAGAUUCUUUUCAUUAAGGUGAACUUUGAUGAGAACAAGUCCUUGUGCAAAAGCUUAAACAUAAAAGUACUUCCAUAUUUCCACUUCUAUAGAGGAGCUGACGGUCUGUUGGACUCCUUUUCUUGCUCGCUUGCAAAGCUCCAGAAACUAAAGGAUGCAAUUGCAAAUUAUAACCCAGCUCAUGCAAAUGAGAGCUGAAAUGAUUCUCAACUUCCGUGAAGUUUCUGCAUAUGACAAAGAUGAGCAGUCCAAAUCAUCUUCGAAGUUAUAAGUAAACAUAUCUUUUGUUUCUGAACCUUAUUGCAGAUUGUUAUGGGCUGUGUUCACACUCACAGCUUUUCUUCUAUAAUAUGCUAGAAAGCUGCACAUAGUUCUUUGUACAAAGUAUUCAUUUUUUGCCCUUGCUGUGAUCUAUAUCAUGCGAUGAUAUGGUAAAAAUUCAAAACAAAAUCACCAUCGAAUGUGUUUUAUAAAGAAGAAGUACGGGAGUUUCAGGAUUUUA